UCCGGAAAAGGAAGAAGAGGAAAUUUUCAAGAUGACUCGAGUUCUUUUCGGUGUCAAAUCAAGCCCCUUUCUCCUUGCAGCUACAAUCCAAUACCAUCUAAAGAGAUGGUCUCUCAUCCAGUCUCUUAGAUCCAAAUUUUGGAAAAGAUGGAGUCAAGAAUAUCUCAACUCCUUGCAGUCUCGAGCUAAAUGGAAACUACCUGAACUGAACAUCAAACCCGGACAGCUGGUACUCCUGAUGGAUAAUAGCAAGAGCCCCAUGGAAUGGAACUUGGCCCGAAUUGAAAGGACAUAUCCUGGAACAGAUGGACUAGUCCGUGUCGCAGACAUCAGAACCCCUAAAGGAAUUUUUCGGCGAAGUAUCAACAGACUCUGCCCACUCCCUUUCGAAGAAGGUGUUGGACAACUGUCCAACGGGGGCCGGGAUGUUCCGUCUUAGAGACGCCUUUCCCCUAUUCCAGCUGUAGUCAUCAGGAAACCGGCGCAUGCGCAGUUUCUGUUGAACUUUGAUACGCUUCUUUUUUAUUACUUUAUGAUUCAGAAUUUUGUAAUGCCUAAUGAGAGAUGUAACGGAUGUGUUUCCUGUUGCUGUG